GGAUAACCAGAAUCGAAACCAGAAACAAGCAGGGAAUCAGAGUAGGAAUACACAGUAUAAAGGUUGAACACGGGAAAACAAAACACAGGGGAAAAAUGCUCUGAAAUGUUGACAGGGCUAAACAAGACUUCGCAAUGAGUGCAUGUGUGAGAGCAGCUUAUAUGUGUAUGGAAAUGAGGUGCAGGUGUGACUGCAAUCAGUCCCAGGUAUGAGGCCUUGUGGGAAAUGGAGUUCAUGAUGGGUCUUGAGUGAGUCCUGAGUGGAGUGCCCUCUACUGAAGUUCAUGGUCACUUCAGCUAACGAUCGUCACAAAGGAACACCCGGCUAUUAAAAACCUAGGUUUGAUGUUUUAUGAUGAGUUUAAUUAUUAAAACAAAAUGAAAAUAUUAAGUAAAAGAAGCCUUUUAUUUGAUAGCCUUACACUCUCAAAGUAAUCACUGAAUAUAUCAUAUAUAAUAUAUGGUUAUAGCUUUGCAUUAACUGCAUUACUAGUCAAUGGUUUUUGCAAGUUAUCUGUGCUCCAGAAUAUAAACCGUACCAAAUGAAGACAUUAUUUGUUUUGUAUUAUUAUUUUUGUUUUCUACACAGGUUACAGAGCUGUAAUCUCACUGCUCAGUCUUGUGAGAGUUUGUCUUCAGCUCUACAGUCGUCAAACUCCUUUCUGAGAGAGCUGGAGCUGAGCAACAAUGACCUGGAGGAUUCUGGAGUGAAGCUUCUUUCUGAUGGACUGAAGAGUCCAAACUGUCAGCUGGAGAUUCUGAGGUUACAGAGCUGUAAUCUCACUGCUCAGUCUUGUGAGAGUUUGUCUUCAGCUCUACAGUCGUCAAACUCCUUUCUGAGAGAGCUGGAGCUUAGCAACAAUGACCUGGAGGAUUCUGGAGUGAAGCUUCUUUCUGAUGGACUGAAGAGUCCAAACUGUCAGCUGGAGAUUCUGAGGUAAAUUGUUUACCAUAAAAUAAUACAGAUGCCUAUUAUACAGAUUUUUCAACCUGAGAUAAAUGACCCGGGUGGACUGUGUACAUCUGACAAUAAGAAUGUUUAUUUUUUUUAAAUACAAUUUUUAUUGUUUUAACAUCGUUUAAACAUGACAUAUCGAAGACAAUCAGCAAUUACCCCAGUAUGAAAAAAAAGAUACAAAUAAUAAUAAAUAA